GGAAGGUUCCGGAGGCGCACAGAGAAGUGAGGAGCUGCUUAAAAUAACCUCUUUUUUCUCUCCACCAUAAGUAGUAUGAAUGGUCUGAGUGCAAUGCUUCAAAAUAAACAUAAAGAAGAAGGGAACUGAGAAGUGGGUUACAGUCAUAGCAAAACAGUGCUAUCCUCUGUGUGUUAACGGAGAAGCGGAUUACCGAGUCUCCAUAAUUCCGUUUAACGGGAAGACUCGCAGUGACUGGGAAGAGAAUUUGAAAUAUAUAAAAAAAUAGCGGACAGGAGCAUUGUUGUACGCACACGUCCUAAACACCAGGAGAAGCGAUAUUAUUAACAGAGCGAUUGAACACCAAGCUUAUUUUGUGGUGUAGAAACGAAACGGACAGUGUUAUAAAUACACACAGGAGUAUUGACUGUUCGUGCACAUGUAAAGGGCAAGAAAACUGAAAUUAGGACAAGGCGGCUGUAUUGUUAAGAGAGAGCAGAAGAAACCAGCUACACUCAUUAAAGGACACGGAUCCACAACGCAAGGAAGCAUGAACCCAGGACCUUGAAGCUUGGAAUUACAGGGACCAUCUGUUGAGAGAUGUGGUGGCUUAAUGUUGAUUUCCGCUCUUGAUGCGCUGGACGUGGAAGGAAAGCCCAAGUAACAGUGGCACAGGCAGCAGGGUCAGUCAGGAUUGGCAGAAGGGUUAGCUCUUGGUCUGAUGGCGGGAGCAGGACCAAGGGUAGGAGCUCUAUUAUAGGCUGCAGGCAGGCAUGUGACACAUUUGUCAAGCAGAUUGAGUGGGUUAUUCCUCGGAUCACUAUCAAGCCCAGUAGUUUUCUGCUGUCUUUCCUUGGCAGAGAAUGGCACCAUAAUCCAGGUCAUAGCUGGCUGUGUUUAAUAGCGCUACCUUUCUCAAGCACCCUCCCCUCCUCUCUUACUAUCCUGUCGUAUUCCUUUCUCAUCUUUAGUGCUGUAUUCUAUCUGGGACAGGUCCAGGUUUGUGGAUAUAAAUACCCUCACUGCAGCUACAUCUCUGUAAAUUGGGAUUAACCAGACACACGUACGCACUUGUAAACUUAUCUCUCCCUGUGGACUGAGCCUCUUGCCCUUGUUUGACAACGGUGUGACAGGCCCUUUUUUAAUAGUUAUAUUUUAAAUCUUCAUUUCUACAUGUAUGUUUCUGUAAAAGCGGCACAGAUCUUUUGCCUGGGAUCCCUGGAUUAAGUGAAGGCUGACUGAGCCAAAAGCUUUUCCGCUCGUUUGUGUGGGAGCUCAGCCUCGGAAGGCAAAGCAGCCACUGGGAGCUGUGGACUUUAAGGAUUACAAACAUUGUGAGUCAUAGCUGGUUUAGCAAAGGCCUGCAAAAAUCUUUUUUUGCUUACAAAACUUCUGUAAUCGGACAAUUCCAUCUGAUUUGCAGCUUUUUUUCAUUUUCCUUUUGGAGAGACAUUUUCUGUGACGGUCAGUGAACUUGUCAAUAUUCUCGACUGAAUAGACUGUAAUUAUCAAGGCUCUGUAUCUUUGUGAAACUUCUCGUCACAGCCAUCAAGGACAAAGCCAUCUCCCUGGCAACACCAGCCUGCCUUUUUUUCCAGCUGCUCAGUUCAGACUCUCGCAGAAUGAAGCUGAGGAAGCAGGUGACUGUUUGUGGUGGAGCUGUCUUCUGUGUGGCAGUGUUCUCCCUCUAUCUGAUGCUGGAUCGAGUCCAGCAUGACCCGACCCACAGGCAGAACGCUGGCAAUUUCCCCAGGAGCCAGAUCUCGGUGUUGCAGAACCGCAUUGAGCAGCUGGAGCAGCUCCUGGAAGAGAACCACCAGAUCAUCAGCCACAUCAAGGACUCGGUGCUGGAGCUAACUGAGAACGGAGGAGGGUUACCUGGCGCCCAGCUGCCCUUCCGCAACCCCAACGGCUCCUGGAACUUCCCCUUCGAUGGGCAGCCAACUUUUCUCUCCAUCUCUCCCCAGGACUGCCAGUUUGCCCUCGGGAGCCACCGGCAGAAAACCGACAUGCAGAUGCUGGAUGUGCAUUCUGUGCUGAACUUCGACAAUGUGGACGGCGGUGUUUGGAAGCAGGGCUUUGAAAUCUUGUAUGACGCAAACGAGUGGGAUGCUGAGCCGCUGCAGGUGUUUGUGGUGCCGCACUCUCACAAUGACCCUGGGUGGAUCAAGACGUUUGAGAAGUAUUACUCGGACCAGACUCAACACAUCUUCAACAGCAUGCUGGUGAAGCUCAAGGAGGACCCGCGUCGCAAGUUCAUCUGGUCUGAGAUUUCCUUCUUUGCCAGGUGGUGGGAAAGUGUGGAUUCACAGAAACGGGAGGCCAUGAGGAAGCUGAUUCUGAGUGGUCAGCUAGAGAUAGUGACAGGUGGUUGGGUGAUGGCCGAUGAAGCCAAUGUCCACUAUUUCGCCAUGCUUGACCAGCUCAUUGAGGGGCAUCAGUGGCUGAAAAAGAAUAUCGGAGUGACCCCACGGUCAGGCUGGGCUGUCGACCCAUUUGGACACAGCCCCACCAUGGCCUACCUGCUGAAGAAGGCCAACCUGACCAGCAUGCUGAUCCAGAGGGUGCACUAUUCCAUCAAGAAGCACUUCUCAGCCACACGCAGCCUGGAGUUCAUGUGGAGGCAGGCCUGGGACACAGACUCCAGUACGGACAUUUUCUGCCACAUGAUGCCGUUCUACAGCUACGACGUGCCCCACACCUGCGGUCCCGACCCCAAGGUCUGCUGCCAGUUCGAUUUCAAGAGGUUGCCAGGUGGGAGAGUGAACUGUCCCUGGAAGGUUCCUCCACACACCAUCACUGAGAGCAACGUAGCUGAGAGAGCAAACCUGCUCCUGGAUCAGUAUCGGAAGAAAUCCAAGCUGUUCCGCAGCAAGGUGGUGCUGGUUCCACUGGGAGAUGAUUUCCGAUAUGAUAAAUCACAGGAGUGGGACCAACAGUACUUGAACUAUCAGAGACUCUUUGAUUACAUGAACUCCCACCCAGAGAUGCACGUGCAGGCCCAGUUCGGAACUCUCUCUGACUAUUUUGAUGCGGUCUACAAGCAGAAUGGUGUGGCCCAGGGUUCGAGGCCUCCUGCCUACCCCGUGCUGAGCGGGGACUUCUUUGUGUACGCGGAUCGGGAGGAUCACUACUGGAGCGGCUACUUCACCUCCCGACCCUUCUACAAGAACCUGGACCGCGUGCUGGAGUCCCACCUCAGGGGGGCUGAGAUCCUGUACAGCCUUGCUGUGGCUCAGUCUCGACGGGUAGGCAUGGGGGGCCGCUACCCAGUGACUGAUUACUCUCUGCUCACUGAUGCCCGGCGCAAUGUGGGGAUCUUCCAGCACCACGACGCCAUCACUGGCACUGCCAAGGAGGCCGUUGUCAUCGACUUCGGGUUCAGGUUGCUGCGCUCCCUUGUAGCUCUGAAGAUCGUGAUCAUGAAUGCUGCCCACUUCCUUAUCCUGAGGAACAAGGACACAUAUCGAUACUACCACACAGAGCCUUUCCUUGAACCGGAUGAAAGGCGUGCUUCACAAGAGUCCCUGCCGGAGAGAGUGCUGAUUGAACUGGACUCCACCCCCAGGUAUUUGGUUGUAUUCAACCCUGUUGAGCAGGAGCGGGUUUGCCUAGUCACGGUUCUGGUGAGCUCGGCGCGGGUUCGGGUCCUGACAGAGGAUGGGCAGACGAUUCCAGUCCAGCUGAGUGCCCAGUGGAGCUCUUCUGCCGAGAUGAGCAAAGAGGGGUAUCUGGCCUCUUUCCCAGCCCGACUCCCUGCUCUGGGCCUGGCUGUGUUUCAGCUGUACGACUCAUUCGACUCCUCGCUGACUCUGUUUUCGGACUCGCUUCUGCGACUGCAUGGUCAGAACCUGGCCCAGAGGCGACUUGACCCGCUUCCGCUGAGAAUCCAUGACUCGGACCAGCAGGACUUCUUCAUACAGAGCCAGAACCUGCAGCUGUGGUUCUCUGGGACCACCGGCAUGCUCAAGAGUAUAAAGCGCAAGGAGGACCAGCAGGAGCUGAAGUUGAGGAUCGAGUUCCUAAUCUACGGGACCCGGACCGCCAAGGACAAAAGUGGCGCCUACCUCUUCCUACCUGAUGGGCAAGCCAAGCCCUACGCCCCAAUGGAGCCCCCGGUGGUGCGGGUAGUGGAGGGGCCUCUCUUCUCUGAGGUUGUAUGUUACUAUCAGCAUUUCCAGCAGACCGUUCGCAUCCACAACCUUCCAGGGGUGGAUGGCCUCUCUCUGGAUGUCACUACGACUGUUGAUAUCCGGGAUCAGACUAAUAAGGAGCUGGCUAUGCGCCUCGUCACAGACAUACAGAGCGAGGGCGUUCUCUUCACCGAUCUCAACGGAUUCCAGAUUCAGCCCAGAAGAUACUUCCAUAAACUUCCUCUUCAGGCCAACUUCUACCCGAUGCCAACCAUGGCUUACAUCCAGGAUGUCCAGCACCGGCUCACCCUGCACACUGCCCAGGCUCUGGGAGUGGCCAGCCUGAAGAGUGGCGAGCUGGAGGUGAUCCUGGACCGACGGCUCAUGCAGGAUGAUAACCGUGGGCUGGGCCAGGGCCUCAAGGACAACAAGAGAACCUCCAACCACUUCAGGAUUCUGCUGGAGAAAAGGACUACUGCCAACAAGGUGCACGACAGCCAGCCGAUCAGCUUCCCGUCGCUGCUCAGUCACAUGACCUCCAUGUUCCUGAACCACAAAGUUCUGGCCCUGCCAGUGUUGCCAAAGAAGCGUGGCGUGCCACCCCUGCAGACCUUCAGCCCUCUCUCGGGCACCAUGCCAUGUGACUUCCACCUGCUCAACCUGCGCAGCAUUCAGAAAAAGGAUGAACUGACCCCCUCUCUCGAUGCUGCUCUUAUUCUUCAUCGGAAGGGUUUUGACUGCGGCCUGGAGGCCAGGAACCUGAGCUUCAACUGCAGCACCACACAAGGCAAGCUUUCCUUGGCAGGGAUGUUCCAUGGUCUCGAUGUUCACACAGUCCAGCCCAUGUCUCUGUCGCUGAUGUACGGGGGAACACCUCUCCCCAACAUCUCUCAGAUCCAGCUGGACCCCAUGGAGAUCUCCUCCUUCCGGCUGCGGCUUGUCUAGAGCUGCCCGGCACCCCUCAUCCAGGCUGGAUCUAGACCAAACUACCUUCAGCCUUUCCGGAUGGAUUGCUGUGGAAACCACAGAACUGAAAAUGCGUUUUUUAAAAAUCUUGAACCUCUCUAGUGUAACCUGAUUUUAACUUUCAGGCUGAGCCUGAACAGAACUCCUGACUUAAAACUCUCACUCCAUAAGCAGGAGUCUGCCCUUCAUGUGCCGUGUCUCCCUGUCCUUGUGGGUGCAUGCUUCAGAAAGGACAAACUGUAAGCAUCCCCCCCCCCGGAUACAACACAACAACUGUAUAGCCAAUAAACACUGGAAAUGGUUACUCAAUUCACGUUGAUUCAACCCCUUUCCAUGUGAAAAAUACAUUUAAAAAACUUUGUGCAGUGCAUUUGGGCAAUGUCCCUCCUUCCUGAUUUGUAUCUCGCAUUGCUGAGCAGCAGCAAAUCCUUACAUUUCUAUUGGUGGAUUGUAACACGCUCACAAGGUUGAAAGCUAUAUUCCAGUUGAAGAGGGACCAUUUACACGCACGUGCAAUUUAAAAACAGAAUUCUAAAUUGUCGCGAAAUGUAAAAAAAAUGCCUAAACACACAAAAAACCCAGAAUAUGCCCGUCACCAUAACGAUUUCAUUGUAGAAGACAGCAAAGGUACAAUUGAAAAAGUGUGCAAAGUACUGUCAGGUUGCUAUACAUAUUGUGAUAGAAAAAAAGUUAAACAAAAACAGUAUUUUCAUACAGUAAACAAAAAGCAAAAGCCCUGAAAUUUUUUAUAUCUAACUUGAAAAGUUAAAAAUAAACAAAAAAAUGAAUAAAAACAGAAGCCCUACUUCUAUAUAUAUAUUAUCUGCUCAUAUAUAAAGGCUGUUGUCCAUGCCAUGCCCUUUACCUUGCUACUUUCCAGCCACCCCUUUAAGGCUUCUGUUCACACCCGCAUAUGAAAACGGGAGGCAAGGAACUGUUUCAUGGAGGCAGUAGUUUCCCUGUGUCUAACAGCUGCCUUGUGUUUCAUGGCUAUAAUGCUCUCUGCUGUGUAACACUAUCAGUGCAGUGGGUGCUGCUCGGGCUGUGGUACUUGAGGAUAGUGACUGAGAAUAAGGGAGGCACUUCAUGGGGGUUAAGACUAAGGCUCACUAGAGCUGCCGACUUUGUUUUCUUAUUUUAACUAAACUCUCAGUCAUGGCAGCAAGUCCCUUCCCUUGCAGGUACUAAACUCCUGCUAUACUUGCCUUUGGAUUGAUACACUGACAGACCGCUUGUCUCUUGUGCUGUCCGCUCACUCAUACAAGCACCGGUUCUGUGGUACUGCUUUACGAAGCAUUGCUCCUGCAGGAUAUGUGGUACAAUCACUAAGCAACGUUUCACCUUUUGUAUUUUGUACUGUUAUUUGUUGCAGUUCUUAAUUUAAAACAAAACAUAUGUUUUUAGGUAAAAUUGUGUUAGAAAAAAACAAGCUUUUCUUGUCUAGCUUGUGUGUUUGUUUAAAAGACAAAUGUUUAGAAGUUUUAACCUUUCGAAGACAUAUGUAAUUGUUAAUCAACACAGAAUCAUUACAUUUUAAGACUACCUCAAAAGCUUUGACUCAGCAGAGCAUUUGUAUAUAAAUUCAGUUGUGAUGUUCCUCCAGACUUGUGAAAAGGCUUUGGAGUACACGUUGACCAUGACGCUAACUCUGCACUAGCUGUAGACGCAAGAUAAAAAAAAGCAUGCCUUUGCAGUUU